AUGACUGUCAACAACUUCAGGAUGGUCCUCGACAGGAUUGAAAAGUGGUGCUCCCUGAAUUGCAUGAGGUUGAAUGUAAGCAAGUGUGCAGUUGUUACAUUUCAUCGUUCAGCUGACCCUGUUAUGAUCGAGUAUAAGCUGUGUGGUACUGUGUUACCAAGAAAAACUCAGGUAAAGGACCUUGGUGUAAUUUUCUCGGCUGAUUUACGGCCGGACAAACACAUUGACCAUAUUUGCAACAGAGCCUCUAGAACACUAGGCUUCAUAAUCCGCACUUCUAGAAAUGGCCUUAGCACCAGAGCCUUGAUGUCCUUGUACACUGCACUUAUCCGCUCCAUCCUGGAAUAUUGCUGUGUUGUUUGGGCCCCUUAUCAAGUUGAUGAUACAGAUCGAUUAGAGAAGAUCCAGAGACGCUUUUUGCGGAUAAUAGGAGUUAGGCUGGGCUAUGAUUAUAUGGCAGCACCUGUUGACACAAUAGCGGAGUCUCUUGGGCUGUUGUCCCUUUCUGUGCGAAGACAACUUGCUGAUGCUGUCUUCCUGCGUAAACUUCUCACCGGGCAGGUUGACUGUGAUGAUCUUCUUUCAAGGAUUAGUUUCCGCAUCCCUGGAUCAACCAGAUCUCGAGACCUUGGUUUUUUCGUCACCAGUACUCCACAUCCUACGCCUACCAUAGUUGUCUGCCUAGACUCCAAAGAAGAGGAAAUGCACUGUCUUCGGGGCUGGGAUAUGAUUUCUUCUUUGAUUCUGAAUCAGCAUUAA